AUGGCUGCAGUCCUCACCUGGGCUCUGGCCCUCCUCUCAGUGUGUGCAGCCACUCAGUCACAGAAGGGCUUCUGGGACUACUUCAGGCAGAGCAGUGGGGACAAAGGCAUGAUGGAGCAGGUCCAGCAGCAGAAGCUGGCUCGGGAGUCUGUGAGCUUGAAAGAUAGCCUCAAGCAAGACCUCAGCAAUAUGAACCAACUCCUGGAAAAACUGGGCUCCCUGAGUGGACAGGGGAAGGAGCCAGCCAGUCUGGAACAGGACUCAGCGGGCAUACGUCAGCAGCUGCAGGAGGAGCUGGAGAAGAUGAGGGUGCACCUGGAGCCCUACAUGGCUGAGAAGCACAAGCUGGUGGGCUGGAAUUUGGAGAGCUUUCGGCGGCAGCUGAAGCCCUACACGGAGCAGCUGAUGGAGCAGGUGGGCCUGCGUGUACAAGAGCUGCAGGAGCAGCUGCGCGUGGUGGGAGAAGACACGAAGGCCCAGCUGCUGGGGGGUGUGGACGAGGCCCUAGGCAUGCUGCAGGGUAUGCAGAGACGCGUGCUGCACCACACAGGCCGCGUCAAAGAGCUCUUCCACCCUUACGCAGAGCGCCUGGUGACUGGCAUCGGCCACCAUGUGCAGGAGCUGCACCGCAGCGUGGCCCCCCACGCUGCAGCCAGCCCUGCGCGGCUCAGCCGCUGCGUGCAGAUGCUCUCGCACAAACUCACCCUCCAGGCCCACGCGCUGCACUCGAGUAUCCAGCAGAACCUGGACCAGCUGCGCAAAGAGCUCAGUGCCUUUGUCCAGGCCAGUGCAGACGGGGCUGAGGAGGGGACUGGUCCUGACCCCCAGCUGCUCUCCGAGGAGGUGCACCAGAGACUCCAGGCUUUCCGCCAGGAUACCUACCUACAGAUCGCUGCAUUCACCCGUGCCAUCGAUCAGGAGACAGAAGAGGUCCAGCAGCAGCUGGCACCACCCCCACCAGGCCACAGGGCCUUCGGCGCAGAGUUCAGACAAGCCGACAGUGGCAAGGCCCUGAGCAAGCUUCAGACCCGUCUGGAUGACCUGUGGGAAGAUAUCACCUACAGCCUUCAUGACCGGGGCCAUAGCCAGCUGGGGGAGCCCUGA